CUUCGUCUUCUCACUCUCAUCUCCUCGAUUACAAUCUUCAGCAGGCGAAGGAGAAGGGAAAAAAAAAUUAAACGAAGAGAUUUGAAGAGAGAAAAGAGAAGAGAAUGAAAGCAGAGCUGAACUUACCUGCAGGAUUUCGAUUCCAUCCAACAGACGAAGAGCUUGUGAAAUUCUACUUGUGCCGGAAAUGCUCAUCGGAGCAGAUCUCAGCUCCGGUUAUCGCAGAAAUCGAUCUUUACAAGUUCAAUCCUUGGGAGCUUCCAGAGAUGUCUCUGUACGGAGAGAAAGAGUGGUACUUCUUCUCACCUCGAGACCGGAAAUACCCAAACGGUUCUCGUCCAAACCGGGCAGCUGGAACCGGUUAUUGGAAAGCCACCGGAGCAGAUAAACCAAUCGGUAAACCGAAGACGUUGGGUAUUAAGAAAGCUCUAGUCUUCUACGCUGGGAAAGCUCCAAAAGGGAUUAAAACGAAUUGGAUAAUGCACGAGUAUCGUCUCGCUAAUGUCGAUAGAUCAGCUUCUGUUAACAAAAAGAACAACCUACGACUUGAUGAUUGGGUUCUAUGUCGAAUCUACAACAAGAAAGGAACCAUGGAGAAGUAUUACCCUGCGGAUGAGAAACCGAGGACAGCGACAUCAAUGGCGGAUCAAUCAUCAUCGCCUUUUGACACAUCGGACUCGACUUACCCGAACGAUUCGAGCAGCUCGGGCGGCCACGUGGUGUCACCGGAUGCCAAGGAGGUUCAGAGCGAGCCUAAAUGGGGAGAGCUCGAAGAUGCUUUAGAGGCUUUUGAUACUUCAAUGUUUGGUGGUUCCAUGGACUUGUUGCAGAGCGACGGUUUUGUUCCUCAGUACUUGUACCAGCCUGAUUAUUUCACUCCCUUCCAGGAUAUGCCCCAGCAGAAACCGUUCUCGAAUUGGAGUUUUGCUCCACAUGGGUAAAAAGGGAAGAAAGGAGUAAAUGGUGGUUUAACUGUGUGGUGAAGUGCUUAGAGAGAAGUUUUUUCUCUCUAAGCACUUCACCACACAGUUAAACCACCAUUUACUCCUCUCUCUAAGCACUUCACCACACAGUUCUCAAUCAUCUUUGUUUCUUAGUAGUAAAAAAGAUUGUAGAUGUUAAUAGUUGUUAGCAUCAUAGACAAAUUCUUGUUAUUUCAUCAUAAUUUUAUAUGGAAAAUAUUCAAAUUCUUCACGAUGUUGCACCUAUGUAGAUACUGAUAUAUAAAGAGAUAUUAAGAUUCAGAAAUA